GUCCAAUUUUAAAUACCUAAACCAUUUUUCAAAACCGAACCGGUCCGUUUCAGACCGAAAACAAAAUUCGGUCCAACUGUACCAAAAAAACAUCCCAGUGAAACUUCUGCUAAACCCUGUCAUUGAAACAAAGCACCUAAAUCUGAAAUCUGCCACUGUGCUAAUUCUCAAGUUUGUUUCUUUCUUACAUUUUCAGAUUCUGCAAUGCAAAAGGUAUCCUCAACUUCCACAAUUUGGAGAACCAUAGCCUCCAAUGCCAGAAACUUGUUUUUAUUCAAUGACCCUUCUGUGCACUCUUUUUCUACAUUUUCAAUCGGAGUAACUUCCCGGAAAUUGCAUCAACCAGAGAUUCCCUGUGAUUUCCUGAAAUGGGGUUCGCUUGGAUUCUGCAGAACGUCAAGGUUCGCCACUGGGUUUAACCCUUUGAAACAGAAGCCAUUGGAUUCUAUUGUAGAUGUUGAGAGACUCAAGGAUCAUUAUGUUGAAGAUAUUGCUUCAAUUUGGGAUGAUUAUCACAUAGGUAGAGGUCAUAUUGGAGCGUCUAUGAAAGCAAAACUUUAUCACUUGCUAGAGCAUAGAGCUAAGGAAUGCCGAUAUUUUGUCAUUCCUUUGUGGAGGGGAAGUGGCUAUACGACAAUGUUUGUUCAAGUACAAACGCCGCACAUGCUAUUUACAGGUCUUGAAGAUUACAAGGCUAGAGGAACACAAGCAUCACCCUACUUUACUGUCUCCUUCUACACAGAAUUUGCAGAGAGCAAAGACUUGGUACUCAUCCGCGGCGAUAUUGUAUUUACCAGCAAGCUGACUGAUUCAGAGGCAAAAUGGCUUAUGGAAACUGCUCAGUCUUUUUAUUUGAAUGAUGUCAGGUACAAACUAGUUGAGAGGUUCAACAAAGAAACGCGCGAUUUUGAGUUCAAAGAUGUCUUGCAAGCAUUGGACAUGCCUAUUUUGUAACCAACCAACUAAACCAUAUUCAAUUCAACAUUCAACAUCUGCUAAA